CGCGGCAGCUUGCAACUCCUAGCGGGGGCGUGACCGGCGGGGCGCGAGCCGUGCUGCGAGGCCGUGGUUGGCUAGUAUGAGUCACGUGUUGCCGGGCAGCAGGCUGCGCGCGCGGGUGCGACGUCAACACAGCCUGCUGAGCUCUCCUGACUUGUCUACCGCGGCCUGGCCGCGGCUGAGUCCUCCCAGGGCCAGGGUUGGGCGGUUUGCUGAGUACCUUUGCGGCCGCCAUGGACAAUUCCGGGAAGGAAGCGGAGGCGAUUGCGCUGUUGGCCGAGGCGGAGCGCAAAGUGAAGAACUCACAGUCCUUCUUUUCGGGCCUCUUUGGAGGCUCAUCUAAAAUAGAGGAAGCAUGUGAAAUCUACGCCAGAGCAGCAAAUAUGUUCAAAAUGGCCAAAAACUGGAGUGCUGCUGGAAAUGCUUUCUGCCAGGCAGCCCAGCUGCACUUGCAGCUCCAGAGCAAGCAUGAUGCGGCCACCUCCUUUGUGGAUGCCGGUAAUGCAUUCAAGAAAGCUGAUCCCCAAGAGGCCAUUAACUGUUUGAUGAGAGCAAUUGAGAUCUACACAGACAUGGGCCGAUUCACCAUCGCAGCCAAGCACCACAUCUCAAUUGCUGAGAUCUAUGAGACAGAGCUGGUGGACAUUGAGAAGGCCAUCGCCCACUAUGAGCAGUCUGCAGACUACUACAAAGGCGAGGAGUCCAACAGCUCAGCCAACAAGUGUCUGCUGAAGGUGGCUGGCUAUGCCGCACAGCUGGAGCAGUAUCAGAAGGCCAUUGACAUCUAUGAACAGGUGGGGACCAAUGCCAUGGACAGCCCUCUCCUCAAGUACAGCGCCAAGGACUACUUCUUCAAGGCAGCCCUCUGCCACUUCUGCAUCGACAUGCUCAAUGCCAAGCUGGCUGUCCAGAAGUACGAGGAGCUGUUCCCCGCCUUCUCUGAUUCCCGAGAAUGCAAGCUGAUGAAAAAGUUGCUGGAAGCCCAUGAGGAGCAAAAUGUGGACAGCUACACUGAGUCGGUAAAGGAAUAUGACUCCAUCUCGCGACUGGACCAGUGGCUUACCACUAUGCUGCUGCGCAUUAAGAAGACGAUCCAGGGGGAUGAGGAGGACCUGCGCUAACCCCCCACCCCUGGCGCCUGUCUUCUGUGGCGUCUGCUCAGACAGAAGUGGGGCCUGAGACUGGCUGUGAGAUCUUCCCUCCCUCUCCCCACCUGGGGAGUCUUGCAGGCCAUGGCAGGCGGCAGCAGGCCUUGCUGCAGGGGUACCAGAGGCCAGGGCCUGCUGGCCGGACAGUCACCCUCUGUUCUUGCUACAUCCCUUGCCCCCUGCCCAUUUAUUUAAGCCCCCAAAGGUACCCUUCUUCACCCCAAGAAAACCAGCUGUUCAGAAUCUUUGCUACAAACUUAUUUGCUGUGGGUACUGCCAGGGUUUGGGGUAGCACCUGGAACCCCAUCUCCUGAUCAGCUGAGUCGUGAGGCUGGUUUCUCUUUUUCCCAAUUUUCCCCAGCCAAAAUCUGAGCACAUGUAGCCACUGAGACUUAUUCUCGCCCUGGGGAUGAGUCCCUUCUCUCCCCCAGCCUCCCGCAGCCCCAACCUCUCAGGUUAGACCCUGGGGCCCGGGUUUCAGAGUAUCAGCUCACCCCCACUCCUGUGCCUGCUCCUUCCCUAACGCUUUGAGGUUUUGUCAGUCGGUGGCUGCAGCUGGCCCAAGAAAGAAAAUAAAAAACAACACUUUUGCAUGA